UCUCUGUAGAUGUGUGGUGAUCCGACCAGACCGAGUCCAUGCAUGUGAGCUAGCUUAGCGUUAACAACAACCAGACGCCCACAAACGCGCAUUUUCAGACGGAUCCACGUAACAUCAACUUUCGUGUAACAAUUAUUUUCUUUUCACGCUUUAUCGCACAUGUUUUAAAACCGAAGGUCAAGGUGGAGGCCGUUAUUUGAUUUGAAAGGGUGUAGGUCUGGGCAUACACACACAGGGAGAGAGAGAGAGACUCCUGCCACACAAGAUGGAGUGCCAGUGGAAACCUGACGAACAUGGACUUCAGCAGAUCUUACAGCUGCUCAAGGAAUCACAGUCUCCCGACACAUCCACGCAGCGAUCCGUCCAACAAAAACUUGAGCAGCUCAAUCAAUACCCAGACUUCAACAACUACUUGAUAUUUGUGCUCACAAAGCUAAAGACAGAAGACGAGCCCACUCGUUCUCUCAGUGGUCUCAUUCUGAAGAACAACGUUAAGGCCCAUUACCAGAACUUCCCAAAUGGAGUCUCUGACUUCAUCAAAAAUGAGUGUUUGCAGAACAUUGGAGACUCCUCACCGCUCAUUAGAGCCACAGUGGGUAUUUUGAUCACAACUAUAGCAUCUAAAGGGGAGUUACAGAACUGGCCAGAACUUCUACCAAAACUUUGUUCACUGCUGGACUCAGAAGACUAUAACACCUGUGAGGGGGCUUUUGGAGCUCUGCAAAAGAUCUGUGAAGACUCGGCUGAGAUCCUAGACAGCGACAUGUUGGACCGCCCACUUAAUGUGAUGAUCCCCAAGUUUCUGCAGUUCUUCAAGCACAGCAGCCCCAAAAUCAGGUCACAUGCCAUUGCCUGUGUGAACCAGUUCAUCAUCAGCAGAACACAGGCAUUGAUGCUGCACAUAGAUCCCUUCAUUGAGAACCUGUUUGCACUGGCAGGCGACGAGGAGCCAGAAGUGAGGAAAAACGUAUGCAGGGCUUUAGUCAUGCUCUUGGAAGUCCGUCUGGAUCGUCUUCUUCCUCACAUGCACAACAUUAUUGAGUACAUGUUACAGAGGACACAGGACCAGGAUGAAAAUGUCGCCUUAGAGGCCUGUGAGUUUUGGCUCACGCUUGCCGAACAACCCGUGUGUAAGGAAGUUCUGUGUGGACACCUGGCCAAGUUGACACCAGUUCUUGUCCAUGGAAUGAAAUACUCUGAGAUUGACAUAAUCCUUUUGAAGGGUGAUGUUGAAGAAGAUGAAGCAAUCCCAGACAACGAGCAAGACAUUCGCCCGAGGUUCCAUCGCUCGCGCACCGUUGCCCAGCAACACGAGGCAGGAGACUCGAUUGAGGAAGAUGAGGAUGAGGACGAUGAUCUGGAUGAUGAUGAAACCAUCUCUGACUGGAACUUGAGAAAAUGUUCUGCAGCUGCACUGGAUGUCCUGGCAAAUGUUUUCAGAGAUGAUCUACUGUUGCAUAUUCUUCCUUUAUUGAAAGAAUUGCUGUUCCACCCAGAGUGGCUUAUUAAAGAGUCUGGCAUACUUGUACUGGGAGCCAUUGCUGAAGGCUGUAUGCAGGGGAUGAUCCCCUACCUGCCAGAGCUGAUUCCUCACCUGGUACAGUGUCUGUCUGAUAAGAAAGCUCUGGUUCGAUCCAUCACCUGCUGGACACUGAGUCGUUAUGCGCAUUGGGUGGUGAGCCAGCCCCCUGACACCUACCUCAAACCUCUUAUGACUGAACUGCUUAAGCGAAUACUGGACAGCAACAAGCGCGUCCAAGAGGCCGCCUGCAGUGCCUUUGCUACCCUUGAGGAGGAGGCGUGCACUGAGCUGGUGCCAUAUCUCGCUUACAUUUUGGACACAUUAGUUUUUGCUUUCAGUAAAUACCAGCACAAGAACCUGCUCAUCCUCUAUGAUGCCAUUGGGACUCUGGCCGACUCUGUGGGCCACCAUCUAAAUAAACCAGAAUACAUUCAGAUGCUAAUGCCUCCAUUGAUUCAAAAGUGGAACCAACUAAAAGAUGAAGAUAAAGACCUCUUUCCCUUACUCGAGUGUCUCUCAUCUGUGGCCACUGCUCUUCAGAGCGGCUUUCUGCCAUACUGUGAACCUGUCUAUCAACGGUGUGUCAAUCUGGUCCAGAAAACACUCGCCCAGGCUGCUCUUCACCAGACUCAGCCUGAGUUUUAUGAAGCUCCUGAUAAAGAUUUCAUGAUCGUUGCUCUGGAUCUGCUCAGCGGGCUAGCAGAGGGUCUCGGCGGGAACAUUGAACAGCUGGUUGCCCGUAGCAACAUUCUUACUCUUAUGUUCCAGUGCAUGCAGGAUAAAAUGCCAGAGGUUCGGCAGAGUUCUUUUGCCCUGUUAGGAGAUUUGACCAAAGCUUGCUUCCAGCAUGUCAAACCUUGCAUUGCUAAUUUCAUGCCUAUCUUGGGCACAAACCUGAACCCAGAAUUGAUAUCGGUAUGCAACAACGCAACAUGGGCCAUUGGAGAAAUAUCUAUACAGAUGGGGUCUGAUAUGCAGCCCUAUGUCCUAAUGGUUCUUCAACAGUUGGUGGAGAUCAUUAACAGACCCAACACACCCAAGACUCUGCUGGAAAAUACAGCAAUAACAAUUGGUCGUCUUGGUUACGUUUGUCCUCAAGAGGUGGCACCCAUGCUACAGCAGUUUAUAAGACCCUGGUGCACCUCUCUUCGCAAUAUAAGAGACAAUGAAGAAAAAGAUUCUGCCUUCCGGGGAAUCUGCACCAUGAUCACAGUCAACCCUGGUGGUGUGGUGCAGGACUUCAUAUUUUUCUGUGAUGCUGUAGCAUCCUGGAUGAACCCAAAAGAUGAUCUUCGAGAAAUGUUCUGUAAGAUCUUGCAUGGAUUUAAGAACCAGGUCGGAGAUGAGAACUGGAGACGCUUUUCUGACCAGUUUCCCCUUCCACUCAAAGAGAGACUCGCAGCCCUUUAUGGGGUGUAGAUGUUACCGGGUUAAAGAGCUUAUUCGCAAUGGGAGGAUGGGAACCUCUAAUACCCAGGGCAUAUGUUGCCCUUUACCUGGGGGGAAGGGUGGUCUAGCAGGGGUGGGAACCAAACCAAACCCACUGGACCCCUCUGGACGGGGUGGGAGGGAAGCGUUUAGCUGUGGCCCUAGUCGAAGAAACCACACCAAACCAAAACAGGGAGGAAAGCUUUUUCAUCAAGUCAAUAACAAUCAGCCAUGAGGGUGAAAACAAAAUAUGUUGUUACUGUAGCAUUCAUUCACCAGGACACUUAACGGGACAUUCAGGGGUUUAAAAAAACAUUGACACGAAGAUAUGUGUAACUCUCUAGUGUUGAACUUCUAAGUCCAUUGGAGGAAAUGCUUAAAAACAGGUGUUUUGUUAUUUUCUGAAUUGUACUAUUAAAGAGGGUUUAGAUGGGUGGGUGGGGUGUCAAUCUAAACUGGAUGCUAAGCAUAAGUCCUACGCAUGGGGUGAAGUAGGGUUUAGCUUGACUGCAUGAAACUGUGCAGACAGUGUUUUUUGCGUGCCAGCUAUGCACAGCAGUAGACGGCAGAUAACAAAAGACUGUAAACGCUAAAUGCGUACCUUGUUUUAGACACUGUCUAAAAGGUAACAACUUCAUAAUGUAACUGUAGUAAUGUAAGUCCUCUCCUAUCACUGGUAGUGAAAGGAUUUUUAUCUAAGGGUCUUUCAUCUUUAGACUGCCAGUGCAAUGCAAAGAUAUAAGAAGAACCUGAAUUACUGCAUCAUUUUUAUUUGUUUUCCUUUUUUUUUUAUUGAAGUUUGCAUGUGUAACGAGUGCGGGAAGACUUGAUAGUAGCACAACACAGUGAAGAUGUUAAAAAGUUUGUUCUUAAGUUGAAAUGAUUCAUUGCUCUUGUACAAGGCUUAUAUGUCUCUGCUUAGUUUGAAUGAACGAGUCUGGCUCACUGGGUUCCUAUGUGGUUUAACAUAGAUCUAAAUUUGCCAGUGAAUGCCGAACACCCAUUCUGUUCGUUUUUGGACUUAUUACAUCAGUGUCUUUUUCUUAGUUUACUUGGAGCAUGAUUUUGAAGAUGCUUGUGAUAUCUGUUUUGACUGACCGGGUUAAUCUGGAUAUUUAGUUGUCAAUUUUGUGCAUGUUGGUGGCCCAAUGAGCAGUCAAUUUUUCUAGCCCCCGAUAAAGAUUAGUUUAAGUAAUGAUGCAUUUAUCCACACAUACACAAUAAGUCAUGCAUUUUCCAUCUGUAUGUUAUGUUUUAUUUCUUUUACCUCCUGCAUGAAAUUAAAAUUGUCCCACAAUGUGUUGUGUCAAAUUUUGGACAGUGUAGUGCUUGUGGAGGCAGUACUUGUGUCCCUUAAGUGUGUGGUAGCAAGCCUUAAAAAUUCCUAAAUGUAUCCCAGAGUGUGAGGAUUUAGAGGCUACUGUUAAUGUAUUAAAAACUAGUUAAGGAUAACUGAAGGGUUCUUACUCCUUUGCAAUCUCAGAGGUACAUGCAUUCUAAAAAAUGCUGUUUUUUUAACCCAUGGUUGGGUCAAUAAGCGACGAACUCAACCUGUUGGGUUAUAAUUUUAAUUGCUGGGUUGUUUCAAUACAAAUUUGGGUCAAAUAGAAACAUUUUCUGGGUAAAUUUAACCUGUUUGUGCAUCUUUUUGACCCAACGAUGGGGUCUUAACAAUCCAGCAUUUUUUAUAGAGUGAAGUAAAACUUGUUGUGAAGUAUAGGCUAAGAUCUGUAUUAAAAGCAACUCCAAGAAGAACAUACGACAUUUGCUUGGUUUAAAGAUGAUCACAUUCAGUUUCAAACUAAGGAUGUAUGCAGAUUUUCAUUUUGGAUCCGAACACAAUGGGAUACUGUCAGGUGUUUGUAUGUGUUUGUGUUGACGUGUUUCUGCAAAAUGUUUUUUGUCACAUUCCAACUGUUUUACAUGAAGUUUAGAUUAGAGCGGUCAGAGAAUCUUCUGACGUAGAUUGAAAACUGCAAGAACAAAGAAGCAAGGUGUAGGCAGAUAAUAUGAAUGUGUUGUCUUACACUUAUAAAUGCUGCUAUGUGUUGUUAAUUUCUACUUGAAUAUUUUAUGUUGUAAUGUAGAGACCUCAGGAGGUAUGUUUACUGUUUUUUAUUUUAUUUUAUUUGCUGUUUUUAUUUCUUUUAUGUAUGCAUUUGCCUCAGUCUCCUGUUUUCUUAUACAAGUAAUAAUAAUAAUAGAACAAUUCACUGUAAUCCAUUCUGCUGCUGGUGAUUAUCCUUUCUAAUGGGCAUAUUUUGUCACCUUGUAAUAGAAUGUAAACUGUUUUUUAUUUGUGGAGAUAAAAUGUCAGAUACAAUAGACACUCGAAUGCAAGAAAUGGCUUACUUAACAGUAUAGCAAUGCACAGCUUCACAUAGGCAUACCUGUAAAUUAGAAGAAAUUGGCCCCCAUGUAUGUGAAUGAAGUUUAGACUUGAGUUUUAGGGGGUGGGGUUUCAGUAUUGUCUUGACACUUGGACAGUAAAGCAAAUGGAUUUACAGCUUUUUUUUCGUUGUUUCUUUUUGUUUAGUACAAAGUGGACAAAAAUUAAAAUGUUGUUUCCCCACCCCAGACUACACCAACUACUGUAUAGCUCUAUGUGUGGAAUUAAAUAAUAAUAAUGAUGACAAUGAAGUAAACUUUUGCUCGAAAGCUCCCUUUUUCUGUACCGAGAGCAGUUUCGUUUAUAGUGAACUUUUAUUUUGUAAUCUGAAUUUGAAGAAGAUAAAAAUAUUGAAAGUAAUCAUUUUUAGGGGCCACCAAAUAUUUUGGAUCAUGCAAAGAAUAUAUAUUGUAUUGUAAAAAUUUUGUAAUGAUAUUUGUAUGACGUUGUUAUGGACGUGAGUUUGUUUCACUGCUUGGAUCUGUACAUUGAUAAGAAUAAACCCUUUUCAAAAAUUA